GACGCGGCCUGGUCGCCUGUGGUGCCGCCGCCGCUGCCGCCGCGUCCCCGGCCCUCGCGCAGCCAUGGCCCCGGUGUCCCGCUCGCGAAGUCCGCUGGACUCCCCGGCCCCCCGGCGGGGACGAGAAAACGGCUCGGGCAGCCCUUCUCCGUCCAGGCACAGCCGCAGCAGGAGGUCUCGCUCCCGGGAGCGCAACGGCUUCCGGCAGCGGGUUGGGCGCCCGCAUCACUUCGGCUCCCGGCACGACCCGGAGCGCUACGGCAAGGAGCAGGAGGAGUCGCUGCGGCAGAGACGACUAAAUGAGAGAGAACGAAUAGGCGAACUGGGGGCACCUGAAGUUUGGGGACUCUCCCCAAAACUUCCUGAGCCAGAUUCUGAUGAACAUACGCCCGCAGAAGACGAAGACGGAUCGUCUAAAAAAGGCAGCUCAUCCGAGUCCAGUUCAGAAGAGGAGGAGAAGAAGAAGAAGAAAAAGAAAAAGAAGAAAAAGGCUGCUGCACGUGAGGAGGAAAAAAAGAGAGCCAAGAAGAAGAGAAAGAAGCAUAGAAAAAAAAAGUCCAAGAAAAAGAAGAGCAAGAAAAGCAGAAAGGAUUCCAGUGACUCGAGCAGCGAAGAUUCUGACGAGAGAGCCGAACAUGAGGAUGAUCUCUGGAUUGAGAGAUCAAAAAACCCAGAUGCGGUGGAUUUUAUUGGACCAGAAGCUCCCAUAACUCAUGCUUCUCAAGACGACCGCCCCUUGAACUAUGGUCACGCUUUGCUGCCCGGUGAAGGCGCCGCCAUGGCAGAGUACGUAAAGGCUGGCAAGCGGAUCCCCAGGAGAGGCGAAAUAGGCCUUACCAGUGAAGAAAUAGCCUCCUUCGAGAAGUCAGGCUACGUGAUGAGUGGCAGCAGGCAUCGGCGAAUGGAAGCUGUGCGUCUGCGGAAAGAGAACCAGAUCUACAGCGCGGACGAGAAGAGAGCCCUGGCAUCUUUCAACCAGGAGGAAAGGCGAAAGAGAGAAAACAAGAUCCUAGCCAGCUUCCGGGAAAUGGUCUACAGAAAAACCAAGGGCAAAGAUGAGAAAUGAACGGGGUGUCCUUUUCCAGUCCUGAUGUUGAUGAACCACCUUCAUUGUAGUGACUGGCAAACGGGUGGGCAGUAACACUGGCUUGUGCUGCAGGAACUGUCUGUCUAUAGAUAAUCCAGCUAAGAACCCUAAUUGGUUUGGUGUGGCCUCGGACCUAACUUGCAAGGUCUUUCCAACAGCAGAUGGUUGAGUCCAUGUCAGAUUGACCAAGGCAGGCCAAUUGAUACCACCAUAUACUAAGAAGCUGCUGAGAUACUGUCCCUUCUUUGUGAUUGAGAAAAUAGCACUUUAAAAAAAACCUCACCGUUAAAGCAAGGAUUUCCAUUUAUGAGGAAUAGUGAAGACUAUUUUCUAUGGGCUUUGACAAGAAGAAAAUAUUAAGCCCUGAAUGAACCAACAAGAUCUCUUACAGGACUAGCGUAUUUUAUGGAAAAUGGCCAGAACGUACCCUGGGUCUAACUUUGUGCAGCCAAAAGACAUUAAAUAGCUUUAAUGUUGACUGUUGCCUUUAUAAGCUUCCUCUCUAGAACAGUACACAUUUGGGUGGAUUGUUAAACAGAGAAAAGUUGUUUAAAUCAUGACCUUGUUUUGUGGCUUAGACUCCUUGUAAAUAGGGUCAGUAAAUACGUUGUCAUUUGGGGAUUCUUUACCAAUUUAGUGCUAUUAAAAGUCUGGCGCUCAUAAUUUUGCAAGAAAAAAUGCUUUGAGGAUCAUAAAUCUAUUUCCUGCUCAACUAAGUGUAAAUAGUUUUUCAGUGGCACGGGUGAGGUGAAUAUCAAUCUGGGGAAGUUUUUUAGCCUUUAGUUUUCUUCAGUAUAAUCUGUAGCCUAGGUCAGUGUUUCUCAACCGUAGCAACUUUAAGAUGUCCAGACCUCAACUCCCAGAAUUCCCUAGCCAGCCAUGUUGGCCAGGGAAUUCUGGGAGUUGAAGUCCAGACAUCUUAAAAAUUGCUAAGGUUGAGAAACACUGGCCUUGAUAAAGUAUGUGGGUUGGAAUUCAAAGUCCACGUGUCAGCUGCCAUAUACUGGGGUUUGUGACCUUGUUCCCUUUUGUAAAUUUUGAGUGCUACCCAGUACACCAUUCAUAAACUUCAGAAGUAUAUCUGGAGCCACAUUCUACAACAAGGAAGAAAAAUCCUAAUAUAAAUACACCCCAGUACAUAAGUACCCCAGUAUGAAGGACAGCUUUAUUAAAUGCAUUCUGGGCAUUCCCUUUUUUGCACAGUUCCAGAAUGGUGUACCACUUCUGAGCUAUAUUUUUAAAAUAAAAUGUUCUCCUAG